AUGGGGCGCGUCGCAAACAGGCAAAAGAAGGCAGAGCAAAGCAAAGCAGGCGGUCACCAUGUUGAACAAGGCGACAUGGAAGAUCCUGCUGCUCAACUGCAUCAAAACUUGCAAGAUGCCGUGAGUGAUGCUCUCGCCAUGCGUCGACCGGUCCUUCACCAUCUUAGUGCCGACACAGCAUGGCUGCUCAUGAUUCCUCGUCCAAUCGCUGCGACCAAGCGUGGUGGUCGAGUCUACUUCAACAUCCUGAUCGACCCCUGGCUCUCCGGAACACAGACCGACUACACAAGUUGGUUGAGUAAACAAUGGCAUUCUGAGAAACCUCGAGUACCGAGCAUCGCUGCGGUAGAAGAUCUCAUCCGCGAGACAGAGUCGCUGGCCAGUGGACUACGCCUUGGUAAAGGCAGGAAGAGCAUUGCAGACGUUGCCGCAAGUCAUGAACAUGUUGAGACAUUCAUAGAUGCUGUGGCCAUCAGCCACCAGUUCACCGACCACUGUCAUGAACAAACCAUGAGAGAUGUGCACCCAGAUGUGCCCGUCUUUGCGAUAGAGAAAGCAAUCCCACUGAUCGAGUCAUGGAAACAUUUCCGCGUAGUCCAGACGAUACCACACUUCUCCCACAAUCCCGACUGGCACGCGACAUCAGUACCCCCUUUGCCCGAGUGGCUCGGCAUCUCACGACUCGUAACGAGCAGCGACAUGCUAUACUUUCACUCGGCGCUGAUGAUCACCUUCAACAACCUUCAGAGCGGUCAAGCUUCCAGAAGAAGUAGCUCACACCAAUACACAGAGCCAGAAGAGGAAGACGAGGCUGCGGAAGCAGUCAUCUAUACACCACAUGGUAUACACAGUUAUAGCGAGGACAUCGAUCUUGUGACCAAGGCCAGUCCACCAAUAAAGACGCUGGCUUUCAUGCAUGGCCUCGAAGACGUCAGCCUCAGAGCGGCACAACAGCUUAACCUGGGAGCACACAAUGGACUGCAAGCGCAACGGAAACUAAAGGCCGGCUACUGGGUUGGUACACAUGAUGAGGAUAAGAAGGGCACGGGGAUUGUGGGCUGGUUACUCAAGCGGAAGAAGAUCAGUGUCAAGGAUGCUGUAGCGAGUGAGAAGGAGCGAAACACAGGCUCGAGGAGGAAAGACUCAGUGGGCGACGAGGUGAUUGGAUCGUUCGAGGGAGUCAAUUGGGUGGACGUUGGAAAUGGAGAAAGCCUGGUGCUACAAUGA